UCCCAGGGGAGCGACAGAGAGUCCGGGAAAUAAACUUUUGGGACGAUGUCAUAACUGUACACUCUGUCUCUCCACACUAUCAACUUUAAAUGAAGACUGUGGACUCUGGACCACUGUUAUUUCGCACUUUCUUGCAGCGUUUUUCCCCCUGUACUCGCUUAUAAUUUUGAUAAACAAUUCAUCUCGGGAUCUCAGGAGGAUCGUCUCUAAUUUUCCCACUGUGCAGCGGAGGCUCUGAAAUCUGGAAAAAGCCAGUCUCUUUGGGUUUGGAAUAAGUUUUAAAUGAGGACCGACUGAAAAAACUGCAUUGAUACUAGUUUACAGAAGCCGCUAGUGUUUGGGACCUGGUUUAAUUACAGAGUUAUAAGUGAAGUGAGACGACGGUCCGUUUGCUUUGGUUAAUAAUUAUAUAGAAUUUAAGAGUUUCUUCUAGGAUAUUUUUCGCAAUUCCACGGUUGUUAAAAAAGGAAGAAAGAGAAAGAAAAAUCUUGCACAACUUUUCGGCACCGCAUUGAUCCCGCAGCAUGCCUGAUAUCUGCGGCGGCAACCUGUAGCCCAGGCUUUGAAGUUCAAGUCGUCGUUCCGCAGAGUUUUUGGUGGAUUUAUCCAGAACAUGUGGCGCCCAUGGGACGGACUCUGUUCUAACACUUUAUAAGCUUGAUUUUGGUCUCAAAAACGUGUUUAAAAGAUACAGCGAGUGGCGUGCACUGUCAUUAAACACAUACACUGAGCAAGACCUGUCCAGGAAAGGAAGGAUACAGCAGUUCAGGCUGAACGCAAACACACUGAAAAUGGGGACAUCAGUUGUCUGUCGGAUGGAGAACAGACUUCUGGAAAUCAGUGCACACUUUAGGUUCUAAGAACACGGAUCGUCUUCAUGGUGCAUCGAUGCAGGCAGAGCUCCACCACCCACACUAAUGACACUGGAUACAAGUUCAUUAGAGCUCGUUGUAUCAUGGAAGAUAUCCGCUUUCUGGCUCCACAUGCAUUCCUACAACCUGCAGUUUGAUUAUUAACUGGUGCUGAAUGGAAGUUUUAGGACGCUCAAGUCGGAGUUGCGAUGGCAAGCGUCCAGAUUUAAAAGUUUGGAAUUUAUCUGUUCAGCUGUAGUAAUCGAAGCCAGAAAAAAGAGGUGAAACUUACACAAAGAACUUUAAAUAUUUUGAACGCUUUGUUUAUCCGCGGUGCCUGCCUGCUUUGAAGUCCAACCAUGUGCGGCCGAGCACCGCCGCUACAGCCGAGGCCAUGACCGUCCCUCAGCGGAGCCUGUCCGGGCUCUGGGUGCUCAUGGCGGCCCUGCAGCUGGUGCUGGGCCAGCAGGUCCUGGAGCACGAGCGGCCGGCCCUCCGAGCGGUCAUCAAGGUGACACUGGUAAAGCACGAGCCGACGGGAAAGCCAUUCAUUUUGGAAGGAGAGUUCGUGGGAGGAAGUGCCGGCAAAGCGGAGGGAAAACUAAUGCAGUAUCACCCUCUUUCUCUAUGCAACACAAGUGAAGAUGAACGCCAAGAGAGUGACUUCAUCACCAUUGUCAAACUGGAGCACAGGGUACCCCGCUGUCUGCCACUGCUCGAUAAGGCCCGCAUGGCGCUGGAUAAAGGAGCUCAGGCAGUUAUCUUUGAUGUCAGUGAUGACGGCAACGCUGCUGCCGAGCUACGAGAAACAGACUCCCUUCCACGUCCUGUUGUGCUCGUAGAGGCUGAGGAUGCUGAGGAACUGAUGGGUUUAGUUAACAAGAAUGAGGAGGCCAAAGUUGUUAUUGAGAUAAAGAUAGAGCCUAAAUGGCAACAUUACGAUGUGAGCAUCCUGCUCACCAUCGUCUUGGUCAUACUCACCAUCGUCCUCAUUUUUGCUUUCCGCUACAAGUGCAAGUCCAACAGGACCUGGGACUCUGUCCAUCAGCAGACCAUGCGAGCCAUUAGUCGACUGGAGACAAAAACUUACAGCUCCCAAAGCUGCUCGGGCUCCCAGCACCGCCGAGGGGCCUGGGGCUCAGCCAGCAGCUCUAACUCAAGUCCCGUCUGUGCUAUUUGCCUGGAGGAGUUCCAGGAUGGGCAGCACCUGAGGAUCAUUUCUUGUGCUCAUGAGUUCCAUAAAGACUGUGUGGACCCCUGGCUGCUGCAGCAUCGCACCUGUCCACUCUGCAUGCACAAUAUCAUGGGGACUGAGCGACAGCAUCAGAGGACCAGAUCCCAGCAGAGUCAAGAGCAAAGCCAGGGUUUCCUGCAUCCUCAAACUUACAGCAGCCCACACAACCACCCCUUUCCACAGCAUGCUAUUCCCUUUUCUAUGAGGCCCCACUAUCCCCGUGGGCCCUCUGGACCUUAUCCCAAUUUGGGCCACUACAGUGUCUCUUCUCCCAUGGACACUCAGACUCUACAUUUCCUCAACAGUAGGCAGCCAGGUGGAGGCUGUGGGCAUCACCUUUCUGCAGAAGGUCCUGGGAGGUCCCACAGGAUUGGAGGUAACUGCAGAACUUCCAGCCACCACUAUACCCCCCAUCGGUCCUGCCACAACUACCGUUCUUCCUGUCCAGCCCAGCGCAGCACAUCCAGCUCAAGACUUCAACGGACUGUUUCCAUCACACCGCAGACCCGUGGAGCAGCCACCCACAGCCGGCAGGAUGAGGGAAGCUGCUCAGGUGGCAGCUAUCGCACAGAACGCAGUGGAUACUUAGCUGAUGGACCAGCAAGUGACUCCAGCUCAGGGCCCUGUCACGGGUCUUCCAGUGACUCGGUCCUUAACUGUACUGAUGUGUCCCUGCAGGGAGUUUAUGGCAGCUGGUCCACCUUUCGUAGCUCUCUGAGUAGUGACUACGAUCCAUUUGUGUAUUAUGGGCCAGGUCCUAGCUGCGCUCCCCGCAGAGACAGCCUGGAGGCUGGUGCCCAGGCCCGGCCCAGAUCUCUGGAUUCUGUUGUGAACAAAGCGGGCUGUCCUGAAGAACAGACACAGACCGUUUUUAGCCACAUCCACUACCAUAGCCACAGACACCACCACUACGAGGAGGGGGAGCACGGCCAGGGCCUGAACAGAGGCUCAGAUGAGGAGCAGGGGGCUGGCGCUGCAGCAGCUGCCCCCUCUACUCUUGUCCUCGACAAAGACUCACCUGCGUGUGCCCCAAAGCACGGCCCCUGUCACUGCCCCAAGCCAGAGCCCACUGAUCGGCCCAGUCCUGGGACAGACUGUCAGGACUAUGACCCCAGUAACCCCACAGGACUCCCUGUCCUAAUGUCCCCAGUUCCCUUACAGCUCCAGUCCCACUGCUGCCACCAAGGACACAAACAUCCUCCUGCUCCUCUUGGGCGAAUGGGAGGCUGUCUGCUUGAUGGCCCCUCUGUUCGCUUUCACCAGAGCCUGGAUCUGCAGGAUGACCACAGCAUCCACAUCCACUACGGUCAGGGUCCAGGUUUCUGUUGCUCCCCCCCUGAGCUGCAUCCUGCUUUGCUCCCCGUGCCUCUCAUUCUGGACUCUGGAGGAAUGGAGGACUGGCCUUGCUGUGCUGGGCCCCGGGUGGUGUGGCAGAAACGGGUGCAGCAGACCCGCUCAGAGCCUCAGCUCAUGGGGCCUGGAACUUCUAUGGACAGGCCACCCUGCAGGCUCCACCAGGGGCCUGCAGGGGACCGCAACACAGACAUUUGUUUAUACUGCCAAUCAUUUCACCACAAUCAGGGAUCAGAAGAGGAGUCUGGGGUGUGAGAACAUGUUGCGUCCUCAACUGCUAUGCAGGAGCCAGAAAAGAGGAGCGUCUCAUUGGCUCUUAUUGUCUUCCACAAAAUUCCACCAGCAACGCCUUCGUCCCGGCAAUCCCCUGCCUACCCCCUGCAUAGUUACCCUACUCACAUAAUGAAAGUGUCUUUAUUUCAGAGUCAUGCUAAACCGUUUAUUAUAUUUAAUAUAAAUAUACUGAAGUUGGGGUGUUGCUGGGGAAACACAAAGAGGCGAAAAAGCUUUCCAACAUGUCAGUUGCAAGAGGAAGGUUACUGCGCUCCUUGAUGAGAACCAUGAAAUGAUCCUUGCUUAGGGUGUUGAGCCCACAUGAAGUGAGACUCCAUCUCUGCAUCAGUCGCUCUAUUACAAAAUAACUUGAUAAAUCGUAGAGGUACUUAAACUUUCACUAGCUCGAUCUUCACCUACCGUUGCUGAGUCCAGUCUCAGCUGAGAGGUGCUUUUCUCUCCACCCUACCUCAGCUCAGAUUUCUUAACACACCUCACACAGAGGGUCUUUAAGGUACUGCUGUAGUGAUUUCUUUUUCAUUUUUUUCCUUCUAAUAACAAUGUAGCUCCAAUAAACUCAAUAAAAGUUACCCUCUUGGCAGUCUGGCUUGUCCAAAUGCAGAGAAAUGUUUGUUCUUGGCCCCUCAAAUGACAUGCAUUGCUGAGGUUGCUGAGCUUCGCAUUUUUUUCAAGAAUGGCAGCUGUUUUUGUUUUUUUGUUUUCUUUUAGUUUGUACAUUUUUCACCUUUAAAAACAGACCGGUUUGACUGAAUCAUGUUAUCGUUAUUACAAGCUAUUGUUGUAUUUUUGUCAUUUCUCUUGCCAGUGGUUACUUCAGAUGUUAAGACCGUAGCCUCCAUUUCCUGUUUCUUACAUUCAUCAUGACGUUUUAUUGUGCUCCUCAGAAACAUACCCUCCCCCUUGUCUUCCAGAACCUGAAGCUCUAGAAAAAUGUUCUUUAUAGCAAUCAUAGAAACAAAAAAACGACUGUUAUGCAGAAUAAAGAUGGAGCAAAGCCUUGCUAGAUAGUUAGCAGUCACAAGGGUCAGCUCAGUCUGUUGCCACAGCACCAGUUUUGUUAUUGUUUUGUUUGUUUUUUUUAAGUUAGGUGAGCUUUGCCAAUGAUAUGAAAUCUGAGAAAUGUCUCAGGAACAAUCAAACACUGGAAAAAUGGGGAGACUUCAUCACAGUUACAGUAAAAACACCACAGUAGGUGAAAAAUCCUUUGCUGUGGUAGAUGUAGGCUGUGUUGCCAGUUCCUGAAUGGUAUUUGAAAGCAUAACUGUUUAAACCAGAAAUGAAAGAAAGUUUUUCUUUUUUAAAUAAAGAAUUCAUACAUCUUGACAAAUAUACUUUAAAAAUGUCUGAAGCCCCUCAUGUACCAAUGACUGGAAACUAAACUGUGUAGAUGAAAGUCAGCCUCACUAUGCCAUCAGAUUUCAAUUUUACUACUUAACCAGAACUAAAUAAGCUGAGCUCAAAUGAAUAAUAAUUCUGUUUUAGCUUAGGUUUUCUCUCAGUGAAAACGUGAAGGGAUUUAUAUGUUUAUUUUUGGCAGUCAGACUGCAGCAGAGAAAGGGCUUGUGGAUGUUUGCAGCAUAAGAAGUAGCACUUACUAAACCCUCACCUGUGCCUUAUUCAUUCAGACUAAAUCAGCAAGCUCCCAACACACAGCUCUUACCUGCCGAACCAAAGAGGCCAAAUCCUGAACACAGCUAGCCUUGUUUGUGUUCAUUCCUUUUAAAACACUCACCGUACCCCCUCACUGACAAGAGAGAACAUGUUCGACUAAAAGUGGAAAUAAUUUUUUGACAAUCAUGCAGAAUCUGUCUCUUGUAGUCUCUCUUACUAAUACCUCACUUUGAAUGUGUCAACACGGAGUUCCUUUUAAUCUAAGUAUCAGGGUUUCCUUCUUCGGCCCAAACAGUCCCAGAGACUGAGAUGAAAAUGACUGAAUUAUCAGCAGCACUUUGGCUUAAGCAGAUUUUAUAUGAAAAGAAAAAUAACUUAAAAACUCAUAGUAUUAAUGUAAACAAGCCCAAAUCCACCAACACAUGAAAGUAGCAUUUUAGAAAACGCGGCAGAAUUCAAGAUCUUUCUCCUUCUGUUGUUAAUGUUUGUUUUUACAAGAAUUAUGAGCUGAAACUGCCUUUUCUAACAGAGUAAAGAAAAAAAAUCCCUCCAGAACUUUAAGGGAUAUAUCAGUAUAUUUUGGAUACUUUUUGUAUAAAGAGAGAACAACAAAAACAGAAAUGAAAUAGUGUUGUAUUUUAUAUAUAAUAGAACAUUUCAAUAUAGUGACAUGUCACUAAUAUAUUUAUUUACUAAUAUAUUUAUCCAUUUUGUCCAGGUUUGAAAGAAUGGUUUCUGUAUAGACUGUUUCAGUAUGGAAACUGACUGGUGCCAUCGCAAAUGUAUCAACCUGUCUUCAUUCCAAUUAUAAGCAAAUAAAUUAUUUUGAAAUAAA